UAUAGGUUCGAGAAAUUAUCUGUCAUCCUCUUCGUCCAGCUUUAGUGUAAAUAGACGAAAAAUAACAGUCAAAUCGUCUGUCACAUAUAGUUUUUUUAUCAAAGUACAUAGAUUUUUUGGGGCCUGCGUUAGCGUAAGGUAUGGUCGACGAUUUGGAGAGUCGUGAAGCUCGUUCCAGCAAUGAGCUGUGGUCGGAAAUCUGCCCUGGGCUGGCCAGCCAGCAGCCCCAAGGGCAAGAGGCUGAAGAAUUCACGGAUUCCUUUCAGCCACCAUUAGAAGAGACAGGGCUGGGAAGUGGGCAGUACAGUGUCCCUCUAAAUCCCCCCCUAAACCCCUGGGCGCCGAUGGCCGACUCAGACGUGUACAUUGCCAGUUUAGAAAACCGGUUAAGGAGAAUCAAGGGCCAGUCUCAGGAAGUGACAUCACGGGAGAUGCUUCGCACCCUAUCACAGGCGAAAAAGGAAUGCUGGGAUAGAUUUCUUCAUGAUUCACCAGCAUCUGAUCCCUUUCAAGAUGGGAGUGACUUUGAUCAGAGUGCUCUGGAACACCUUAAGCGGUGGCUGCAGCCGGAGAAGGUGGCUGUCAGUGCCGAGGAGCUGGAGUACCUCCUCGUGCCCAAGAGGGGGCAGCAGACGACGACAGAGGGGUCGCUGCCCGGUGCAGACCCUGCAGCACAGGACGGGGAGGAGGAGAGCCAGACACUGGAGAAAUAGAGCUUAUGGACCCAACAUACGAUCAGCAAAAAGCAUCAGCUUAGUAGAGCUCCCUGUGACCUCACAGCCCUCUUUGGGAGCUUUCUGUUUGGUUUUGCAGGUCAUGAAAGUUGCAGUUUAACAUUUCGUACAUUCAUUUUCUAGUUGCUAUAAAUUGAAUAUAUCAUUCAUAGGACUGAUAGAUCUCCAUAUAUCCAAGUCGCUUUAAUGUAACCUAACCCCAACAACACAAUACAAAUUUAGCUAAAGGACUUUGUUUCAAGGUGUUCUUUCAGAAAUCUUGUAGCCAUGGCAACACUGUCCUAUAACUUGAUUGGAUAUUCCAACUAUUGAGCUUAAUUUACUGUAUCUUUAGUUGCAUUGUAGGGGUAGCAGGUGACCUACUAAAAAUACUGGGGGGAAUUCCAACUUUACAACUGUGGUCUUGUUUUUCAGUUUAUAACCGUUCAGAUCUGGUGUGAGUGAUGGACAGUCUAUAAAAGAAGCAAAAUCGAUACAUUUGUAGCAAUAAAAAUGAUUUUCGACAGUAUUUGUACUUGGAGACAGUGCUAUUUAUAAUUAAGAAGUGGAAUGAAUUCCAUGUUAAUUCAGUGUGGAAUGUCACACACGUAAGAAAAUCACAUUUGAGAAAAUGUGGAUAACACUGUGGUUUCUUCCUGGAUUUUGUUUGAAUGAGUGUUUGUCAACCCAGUCCUCGGGGACCCCGAGAAAGUCCAGGGUUUUACUCCCAGACAGCUCAAAAAUGUGGACUGUCUGGCAGGGAGCUGGGAGGGAGUAAAAAUGGUGGGCAUUCUGGGGGUUUGCCAAGAAGCGGGUUGAGAAACACUGGUUUACACUCAUCGUGCUGAGAGACAUGGUGGCGGAAUGAGUAGCAUUAUUGCCUCGUUCCUCUGGGGGCAGGGGCUUGAGUUCCGCACCGGUCCAUGUCUGGAGCUUACAUCGUCUCUGAGUCGUGCGGAUUUCCUCAGAGUUCUGUUUUUCCUCUGUGGUCCAAAACGAAGUGGGUAGAUGAAAUGUCUGAAUUGCUCAUUGUCUGCAUGUUUAUCCCGUGAUUGGCUGGCGUGCCUGUAUUUGUAAUACUUUGCCAGUAAUAGUAUUGAAUGAGCUUUAGAUUUUGUUUUCAAUAAACUCCAUUCCAUUGUUCCGCAUACGUUAUGGUAUCGGGUGGCACAGUCGCUCUUAAUGUCACUGUUGUCUCGCACCUUCAGUGUUGGGGGGUCGAGUUUGCCGUGUGAGUGGAUGCUCUGAGUACUUUGUAACCCCUGUGAGUAUGCGUAUCUGCUUUCUAGUGGACGGACAUCCCGUCCGGGGUGUACCUCUCCCCUGUGCUGCCUGAGGUGGGCCUGCAGGCUCCCCUGUGACUGUCGAGGAUAAGAAUUGGAAGAGCGAUAUAUGGAUUAUGAUACAGCUGUUUUAAAAUAACACUGGAGAUACACCCGUGAAGGUUGUGUUGAGUUGAUGUUAAGUUUUGAAAAGAUAUAAAGGCAUUUUGGCUUGUUAUAUUGCCACUGUAUCUUAUUACACACUAUUUUUGUAUCAGAUAUGACCAAGGGGGUGUGAUUCUGUUUACAAAUGUCUGACAUAUAUGGACUUAUUUUCCUUAAAAAUGUCUAAACUAAUUUUAACCUUUUUUAAAAAAAAGUUUGUCUAUUUUUAAUAGUUAUGCAAGCUUCAAUUAAUAUUUUUAAUUGAAUCUUGUCUAACCCUCAUACAUAUGAAAUCUAGCAGGCUUCUUGGUCACAUACUUUGCCUGUUCUCUGUUGCAAGCUGGUUGUUUAUCUCUAAAAUACUAAAUGCAUUUUUUUUUCAGCAACUGCUAUUAGGCUGAAAUACCACCAGAUGGCACUACGAUUAACACCUUAAUUGAUUUGACUCCGCAAUGUAAAAUCCUUAAGUAAUUCUAUGGAUUAUAGGUUAUAGACGUUUUGGCUACGAGUUUUACUGUUAUCCAUUUACUGGUGUAUUCUAUUUAUAAAGUUCUACUCGUGAUAAUACCAGAAUAAAGACACAUGGAUAAGUGGACUGUCUAAAUUA